UCCAGGAAAUGAAGAUCAGACACUGAACAGGUAGGACAGGAAGAGAGGUGUAUCGCUACACCCGCGUACCUGUCUUUCAGUCGGAGAUAUCUAAUCGAGGGACUCGUCGUAAAGGAAAAAUAAACUGUCUGGAGGACGAGUAAAGGGGUUUUGGACGCUUGAAGAUGAAGAAGGGGGAGGAAGAAACGUCCAAUAGGCCGGAGAACACAGCCUUCACCCAGCAGAGGCUCCCGGCAUGGCAGCCCAUGCUGUCCGCUGGCAUCGUCAUCCCUGGCUUCGUGAUCAUCGGCCUGGCCUUCAUCGGGGUCGGAGUUGCCUUGUUCGUCACCUCGCAGAGCAUCCAAGUGCUUGAGAGGGAUUACACUGCUGAUGAUAGCAGCUCAGACAGUAACUGCUCUCAAUGUGUGAAUGAAGCUCCUCCUUGUCUCUGUGCUGUUGACUUUACUCUCACAAAGCAGUUUGAAGGGCCAGUAUUUUUCUAUUAUGGCUUAACAAACUACUACCAAAACCAUCGCAAAUAUGGAGUUUCCAGAGAUGACUACCAGUUGUCAGGGGAUACAGACUACUUCACUGAUCCUACGGAUGACUGUGUUCCAUACCAGUAUGAUUCCAGAAACAGGCCCAUUGUACCGUGUGGAUCAGUCGCCAACAGCAUUUUCAAUGACACAUUCAAGCUCUAUCAAAUCGUUGGAGGGCAGAAGAAACUGGUUCCAUUUGAUGGGAAAGGCAUCGCGUGGUGGACUGAUUACAACAUUAAAUACAGAAAUCCUUCCUUGGUGGAUGGAUCCCUGGCAAAGGCUUUCAAUGGUACAGUGAAGCCCAUCAACUGGCCCAGAGCGGUGUAUGAGCUGGACACCUCUGACGCAUCCAACAACGGCUUCCUAAACCAAGACUUCCUGGUGUGGAUGAGGCGAGCCGCCCUGCCCAACUUCCAGAAGCUCUACAGGAGGAUAACAGAGGGUGACUACAGUGAGGGGCUGCCCAUUGGAAAUUACUCCCUGGAGAUCAACUACAAUUACCCUGUCCGUGGCUUUGGAGGCCGUAAGCAGGUGUUCUUCAGCAACGUCACCUGGAUGGGUGGCAAGAACCAGUUCCUGGGGAUCGCCUACCUGGUGAUCGGCUCUCUGUGUAUCUUCAUGUCUCUAGUCAUGCUUAUUGUGUAUGCCAAGUUCAGAUUCCCUGAUGAGGAAUGAAGUCAGUGGACCUGCUGGGACCACAAGUCAUAUCCACAAACACAGCCUUUGGAUAUGUGAACCCGUUUCAUCCCCGCUAAUGUAGAGAGAAUGACUGUCAAUAGGAAUUUCA